GCCAUUGUUCAGCCUGCGCUCACCCACCCCUCCUACAUUCAUACCUGUGCGGUCUACCUUUGGCCAAAUUUGCAAGAGAUCUCCAGCCUGGCACUCCAUAGGCCUGCGGCAACUCUAACCCCCCAAAUAAAGUCACAAUCGCCGAGUUGACUUCGCUUCUCACUCUCGCACAUGGCAGAUCCGUGAGCAAACCUUCGCAGCCCACUCACGGCGUUCAUCGCUAGCCAUGGACAAGCUUCUAGCGGAGAGCACUGCUCUCGUUUCAAUCCCAAUCCCUCAAGAAGAAGAUCGCUAUGACAAAACCGCAAAGGCGUUCGUAAACAAACUGAGCAAGCUUUCUCCGAAUGAAAUAGCACCUGCGAAAGAUGAUCUUGAUGCGAUCUCGCCCUCUAAUCACACUAUCCUCUACACCUACGUCCUUGUGGCCGGCAUCGAAGCAUCUGCAGCCAGCGGAAAGGCGCCUCCGAAGCAACUACCCUCAACCGCCCUCCCUGAAGGUGCCUUAUGGCCCUACAUCGCUCAGCUUCUCCUCGAAUUCGACCCUGUUCAGGCGCGAUAUUGCGGCGUUCAAUUCCUACGAAUCGUCGACUGCGUUGCUCUGGGGGCAGAGCAGACCGCGAAUUAUGUCCCUGCUGUCUCACUGCUUCACCAUGUCAUUCUCAGACUCGACAGCAGCUCUUCUACCCUGACCUCCACACACCGCACAUUCCUCCGCCUGUGUCUUCUGUCGCAAGCAUAUGCUGAAGCUGUUCGUAUUCUAGACCAUCCGAUCUAUCACAUUCCUUCCUCCAGGCCGGACCCCCGCACAAAUAGAUGUCUUUGCUCGGGUUCGGAUCAGCCAUGGAAUUUCCUGAGCCCAGCCACAGGUCUCAGUCUACCAGUCACAAGUCGGACAUAUCUGGAAUACUAUCUGAUGGGAGGCAUGUGCUACAUGGCUGUGAGAAGAUACAAGGAUGCUAUGUUUUUCCUCGAGGCUGCCUUUACCGCACCCACUGUUCAGAACGUCGCCAGCAUUAUUAUGGUGGACGCAUACAAGAAAUGGCUGUUUGUUGGCCUAUUGCUGACAGGCGCCACUCCUCCCAUACCCAAAUCUGUUGGUCAGAAUGCCAUCAGGAAUAUUCGAGCGCUUGCCAGACCGUACGAAGCUGUUGCCGAGGUUUUCAAAGGUUCCAGCAUCGAAUUAUUGCGUGCAGAAAUCGAGGCAGGCAAUCAAAUUUGGCAGGACGACGGAAACUAUGGUCUCGCGGUCGAGGUCUUUCAAGCUUUCCGAAAGUUUGCAGUCCAGAGACUGAGCAGAACCUUCGCAGCGCUCUCAAUAGCAGAAGUCGCAAAAUGGACCUCGCCAGAUCCGUCAAAUCUGGCCGAGACGAAAGCAUAUGUUGACAUGUUGAUUCUGAACGGCGACCUCAGCGCGGUAAUCACAGACGGUCCUGGUGGUGCCCAGACCCUGCGGUUCUUGCCUACAUCGGCUGCCACACGGCCAGAGGCACAAGUUGAGUCGGCACUCGCCGCGCAGACACGAGAGCUCCAAGUCCUCCUCAAACAUGUUCAAGACACCGAGCAUCGCAUGGAAGUCUCCAAAGAGUACAUCGACUACCUCAAGAAGCUCAAGAAAGUCAGAGAUGACAAACAAGCUGGAAAGGGCAGUGGGAGGGCAGCAGCUGAUGAAGACAUUGAUGAGGACAUGAUGGAGGAAGUCUAGCAUUGCAUUUGGGAUCGAGCAUUCGUCUGAUUGUUUGAGGCUGUGUACGCACUUCCUCAGCGCUCCACGUCCAGUAGCUUGUAGGUGGUUACGAUGGACACAAUGGACCGGGUAAGUUGAUCUUCGCCCACUUCAAGACAGAUAACCGAGCUCGAAAGCGAUGGCUGCAUUUCCUAGAAGACGGGGAUUUAUGCGCAGCCACUUCUGAGCGGCAGUUACUUCAUGAAGAAGAAUCCAUGUAACACAUAAUAAUCUGCCUUAUGAUUGUCCAUUCGAUACGAGAUGCUCAGAGAGAGGCUGAGGACUGCAUGAGGCUGAGCCACCCUUUCCGCUUACAAUGACCUUGAACACAUCGGGCGGCCUGGACCAGACUGCGUCUUCUCCUUCC